AUGAUACUGAACCCGCCCGCCUUUGUCCUGAGGGCCAGCAGCUUUCUCUUCCUGGUCCUGUCCACUGUUCUACUCUUCUCCUUGUUCCAGUUCCACGAGAGCCCAUGGUCGGAACCAUGGGAAGCCCCCACGAAAUACACCGGCUACAAACGACCGGGCUUCGAAGCGCCCCUGGCGAACGGUAUCCCGCUCCGGAUCAUGGGCCUCGGGGCCUCGACCGUCUUCGGCGCAGAGAGCUUCGAUCAGACGGGAUGGCGGAGAACCCUUCGGCAGCGACUGGUGCGUGCAGGAAACCCGGUGAACUUUGUGGGCGCCGCCCGAACUGGGAACAUAGUAGACAACGACGUCGAGGCAUAUCCGGGAGUGCGAUUGGAUCAGAUAUACGGUCAUGCGGCCAAAUCCCUUCCUCUGUACAAGCCGAACAUCGUCAUCCUGUAUGCCGGGUCGAACGACAAUUUCCAGAAUGCGAGCCUGCCGGAACUGUAUAAACGCUACUACGCGGUUGCGGAGCACGUCUUCGAGGCGUCACCCAGAGCAACGCUGGUAAUGGGUACGCUGAUGCCGACGACGGAGACAAAGAAAUGGGGUGGGCAAGAUCGGGUGGGUACCUGUAACACCCAGUUGAGGAGGGUGUUCCAGGUCCUGAAGCGCGAGGGAAAGCCUGUGGUCCUGGUCGAGAUGGGCGAUGCCGACGGCGUCCAUAUUGAGAAUCUGGCCUGGGACCACAUGCACCCAAGUAGGGCGGGAUACGAGAUCAUGAGCAGGAAGUUCUUCGAGGCCAUUGUAGAGGCUGACGCGAAGGGCUUUCUCCAGCCACCUGAUCGAGACGUGAGCAUAGAGAUACCCGAUGAUGGCGAGUCUACCAGAAUGAAUGACGAAAUCCGGAAGAAGCGGGAGGAGGAGGACCAGAAGAAGAGGGACGAGGAGGAAGCUGAGAACGCCGCGGUCCUAGCUAUGAUAGAGGAACUACGCGUGAAUCCGUGGGACGGCCAGAAACCCUAUGGCUGCAAUCGAGAAGGGUCGUCGACACGGGAUCUAGAGAUGGCAAUAGAUUUGGAUAGAAGACUGGAGAGCGAACGCCUCUUUAUGUUUCGAGGUUGUAGGGGAAGCAAGGGAGACGCGCUUGAAGCUACUUUUGACGCGGGGAAGAAGCGCUGCAGCCGAGUCACAUGUAUCGCGCUGAUCAAAAUCUGUACCUGUAUAUCUCCUCAUUUUUGUUUUACACAGUAA